CAACACUUCCGCCACAAUUGCCCGACUGUCAAUUCGCCCACCAAUUCCAUGGACACAGCCAGUACACCCGCCGACAGCGGCGAAGAGAUUCGACAGGAUGUAACCACAGCUUGCAAGCGACUCUUCUGGACACUCAAUGGCGUGCUUGAGGGCGCCAUCCAGGUUGCGCCGUCAGAAUACUACGAGCCAGGCGCCUUCAUGGAGCCGUACUUUGGCCUAGACGGCUCCAUUCACGCUGUGUCGCAAGCAUCCCUUAUGAAGCCUCCAGUAUCGUUUGUCACUGUCCGCAUCCAGUGCAUUAAUGCGUGGGAGCAGGCAUGGGCUGACCAGCACUGGGGCUGCCUGUACCAGAGACGCCUAGGGCCCCGCCCUAGCGACGAGACCUUCGACCCGCCUAUCUAUCUACUAGAAUGCUGCGGGCAGAAGCGGCCCUGGGCUUGCGAUACCUAUCUCCAAGUCGCUGCCCAAGGCAAAUUCCUCACUGUGCACGAGUAUGUCUCAGCUGUGCAUCCGUGGCUGAUGGCCAUACGCGACACCCUCCUGGAUGUCCUGGGCAACAUGGACGGCACCCCCAAGUGGCCGCCUGAGACCAAGCUGGCUGUCUUGGACCUAAUGCCAGGCUCGUUGCGCAUCGAUCAUGAGGACAAGUGGGCCAGCUGGCACAAGAGGCCGCCGCCUAUGGUCUAUCCCGCAAUUGAUCAAUCUAUGGCUGAAGAGCGCUACCGCAAGGCUAUCGAGAGGAUGAAGGCAAGGUCUGCAGCAAUGAUACGCGCGCGAGAGGAGGAGGCAGCACAAGUAGCUAAGAUAGAGCAAGAAAAGUAAUCUGGGACAGUCUACUGUAUCUUAAAGGG